AUGGCGAAAGAGAAGAACUUCAACCCCGUCCAAGAGCACAAGAAAGCGGAAAAACAGAAGCAGAUCAAGAAGCAAAAAGCCCAGCUCCAAGCGCAGCGCACCGAGAAGUUCGCCCGCCGCAACCCCGCCCGGAUCCAGCGCGACAUCGAUGCCCUCAAGGAAGCUGCACAGAGCGGGUCACUGCGACCGCACGAGAAACAGAGACUCGCGGAGCUAGAGAAGGACCUGGCGGCGGUGAACAAGGCGAGGGCGGCGCUAGGGGACAAGGCACCGCAAUUCAAGCCCCCGAGGAUAGAUGAUCGCGGCGAUCGCGGCGGAAGAGGCGGGAGUGGACGAGGAGGUGUGCUGGGUAAGAGGUCGAGAGACGGGAGCUGGAAAGGGCGCGAUGGAGAGGAGAGCAGCGAUACGGAUUCUGACGUUAGAAAUAUCCCCAUGCCGAGAGACACACCUCCACCGAUACCGCGACGACGAGGACGGGAUUCGCACGCGGAAGAAGCGCCUCCAGAGCCCAAGAAACCGACACUUGUCUACGAAGCCGCGCCACAGGUCCGCAAUCUGCUCAAGGAAGCUACAAAGUUCAUGCCCGCCUCUGUAGCCCAGAAAAUGAAGCUAGCCAAGGGCGAAGGGCGGCUACUAGAGCCCGAGGAGUUCGACAAGCUGCAGAAGGAGGGAUAUAUGAAUAUCGCGAAAGUUGAGGCGGAGGCGGAACCGGAGACGCACACAGAUCCAGAGCUGGAGGAGUUCUUGAAGACACAGGGAGUGGAUACAGUGGCACAUAAGGCUGCCGAGGCCGCGGUUCAAGAAGCUGAGCACCACAUGAUCGAGGCUGAGGCGAAGGGCGGGAUGGGGGAUGUAGUAUCGGAGGGCAGAGUAGCAGAGAACAAGCUUCGGCAUGUGGAGAUUGAAGAGGUGGAGGAUGAGGAUUUGUAA